CCUAUUGGAAAAAUGGCUGCUCCGGUGGCAGUAGCGGGUUCUUCCCCCGGUCUCUGCCCAAGCUUUGCUGUCGUCUGUUCAUUCUUGGAGCGUUACGGUGCGGUAUUGGACUUACCUGAACUGACUUUCCCACAAAUGGAGAGAUACCUUCUAGAGACAUCGACAGUCCCCAAGCCCCUGGUUGAACUCCAUGUGAAACUUCUAAGGAAGAUUGGCAAGUCAGUCUCUCCAGACAGAUGGGAAAAGUUCCUAGUGAAGGUUUGCCAGGAGUUCAACUGCACGUGGGCCUGGGAACUUGAAAGAAAGGGAUACUCUGAAAUGACUGUAGAAUCCAAGACUGGCAUCCUUAAGUACUUAUGUGAGAGCCAGUUUGAUGACAACAUCAAAUUCAAGACAUCGGUCAAUGAAGAGGAUCCAGACAGGAUGAGACUGCAGCCGAUUGGUAAAGACAAACAAGGUCUCAUGUACUGGUUCCAAUUGGACCAAGACCAGAAUGUUCGUGUCUAUGUGGAAGAACAAGAUGAUCUAGAUGGGACUACCUGGAAAUGCAUUGUCAGGAACCGAAGUGAUUUAGCACAGACUUUGGAGAAGCUUAAGGGGCAGAUUGAGCCUGGCCCUACUGACCAUAAGCAGGGUGAUGGUUCAACCUGUGCCAGCCCUGUGCCAGAGGAUGAAGAAAAUGAUGGAGACAAUGAAGAGAAUAAGAAAGUCUCCACAGAGACCCAUAACAAUGAAGAAUCUGCUGAUGGUCCACAAAGAGAGGGAGCAGAGAAGGCGAAGUCUCCAGCAUCAAAGGACACAAAAGAAGGACUGAAGGAACUAAACGAGCGGUUGCAGAGCAAUUUUAAAACAGAUGAAGAAGAGAACAUUGAAAUGGAGAUGAAGGUCAUAAAUAAAAAAGAGGUCAAGGCGGUGGAAACACCUGUUAUAGACAACCGGGUCAGCACCAUUAUUUCUCUGGUCAAAGAGGAACCUAAGGACACAGAGGUAGCGUGGAAUGCUGUUUCUGUUGUCAUGGCACCAGGUUCUGUGAAACAAGAAGUUAGUGCACAGUCAGAGGUUCGAGAGGAGACAAGUGAAAGGACACUGGAAGAAGUGGAGAGGGCCUUAAAGAAUGACCAGCAAGCCAAGAUACCACUGAAAAAGAGAGAGUUGAAAUUGAGUGAGGGGUUUGGGAACAACCUAAACAGUAAUAACAAUCAUCACUCUAACAACACACUGAACAAUAAUGGCACCUUGAGUUCGGGCAUCAUUGUCCGAAACCCUUCUGUCUUACUCACCAAGGCGCAAUGGCCUUCAAAGGAUGAGGCCCUAAAUACGGAGGAAGGAAGGACAGUGGUAUCUAGCAGUGCCUCAGAUGUCACAGGCAUAGGAAUCACAACAGAGGCCAGGCCUGAUCUAUGUAAUGGAGAGAUGGCUCCAGCCAGGAACUUGAGUCAAAAUCUGAGAGAGCACCGUGUGAGUGUCGGUGUGAUAAUGGGUCCCGUGGAUAGAAAGAAGUCAUUUGUAGAUCAAAAUGUCCCAAUAGUUGCAGACAAAAAUGGACUAGCUGGAAACUACAUUAAGACUAUUACAAGCUGCAACAAAGAGGGGACGGGAGACUCUGUUGUCCAGCAUGAGGGAAUUCCUAGUCCAGGGACUGUGCGCCAGUCUGUGCUUGUAAGGAAAGCCACAACGCCUGAGGGCCUAGCAGCAAUAUUACCGAAGACCUUUGAAGGCCAGCUAACCAGGACACCUGAGAAUGACCUCAGCACAGUAGAAGGAGACAAACUCAGUCAAACGAAGGAGGAAUCUCCCUGCUCAGCAAACAUAUCACAGUCUGUUGAUGAAACGGCAAACAAAGCCUCUAAAGACACCAAGCCUCAGCCCACUGAGGAAUCUACAGAGUGUUCUGGAGCUGAAGAGGAUAUGGGUGAGGAAGAGGAGGAGGAAGGGGAUGAAAUGACCACAGGAGAGAGUCAAAGGAAAGGCAAAAAUAAGACUACAGAGGAUGUAGAUGGGAGUCCUAGGGCUUUUUCUAAAGAGUCAGAGAGCGGAAGCAGUGGGGACGAUGGGUCAGAACCUGAGGGGACAGAUGAAGUGUCCUCUGAGAUCCAGAAGGAGGGCAUCCGCCUGAAGAUUAAGAUUCCGAUGCACCGGAGGACUCCGGAGUUCCAGCGGGAGAGGGAGCAGCAGGAGGAGGCCAGCGACGGGCACUCUCUGCGGCGCUCCGCACGGAUCUGCCGACCAAGUCCCAAGCUGGCAGAGAUCCAGGACAGGAGACAAGAGAAGAAGUAUGCGGGGUCCUCUGGAGGUCAAGAGGAUAAGGAGCCCGGAGACAGUGACGUGAAGAAAUCUCCUCAAAAGAAAGAAACUCCCCGAAAAACAGACUCUGACGGGCAAAACAAACCCGGAAAGGGGCGAAGGCGACUUCGACGCCCUAGAUGGUCCAACACUCGGUCAAAGUGGCGCAAAAAGGGUGAAGGAGAGGAAGAGGGAACUCAGGAGAACUAUCAGUCUGACAGGGAACGGAACCACAGUGACUCGGACUCUGCCAAGUCUGUUGAGAAGCCCAAUGAUGACCCCUGCAGGCACUGUGGUCUCCCCAAUCAUCCAGAACUGAUUUUGCUCUGUGACCUUUGUGAUAGUGGCUACCACACAGCCUGCCUCAGACCCCCCCUUAUGAUCAUCCCUGAUGGAGAAUGGUUUUGUCCCCCAUGUCAGCAUAGACUGCUGUGUGAGAGGCUAGAGGAACAGCUCCUGAAUCUCGAUACUGCACUGAAGAAGAAGGAGAGAGCAGAGCGGAGGCGAGAACGACUCGUAUAUGUGGGCAUCAGUGUGGAGAACAUCAUUCCUACACCGGACGGUGAUGCAGAAGAAAAGUUGGAGAAGAAGAAGAGCACAAAGAAAAACAAGAAUCUCGAGAGGAGAUCAACACGGACCAGGAAGUCCAUCAGUUACAGGUUUGAUGACUUUGAUGAUGCCAUUGAUGAAGCAAUAGAGGAGGACACUACGAGGGAGACUGAGGCCCAAGGUACUGGUCGAGGCAAAGACAUGGCCACCAUUACAGACCAGCAGAAGAGAGAGGAGGGGAAGGAGAACCAGCAACCAGCCAAACCCGCACCAGCACCUCGCAGGAAGAAGCGCCGGCGACUCAAUGACCUGGAUAGUGACAGCACCGUAGACGAAGAGGAAAGUGAAAAUGACUUUCACCUCAGCAGCAGCACAGAGGAAGAGGAGUUUGUGGUGUCGGGCGAUGAGGCAGCCAGUGAAGCCGAUGCCGGCUCCAAUGAGGGCAGUGACAGCAGCACGGCUAGCAGACCAAGUCAGCGGCGAUCACGGCGGACAGCCACCCGGGGCCAGGUCCACAAAGGCAAAAGCAGGGGUAGGAGCGGACGCAAACCACUGUCCCGGCAGCGAGCGGGCUUGUCCGAUGAGGAUGAGGAGGAGCUUGAGACUGAUGAGGAAGAGGAGGAAGAGGAGAUUGAGACGGAGGGUUCAAGUGAGUUCAGCGACAGUGACGUGGACACUCGAAGGCGACGCUCACGGCGGAGCCAGAAGCUGCAGGUGAACUACUGUGAGACAUCGGAGUCGGAGGGCUCUCAAAAAGCCACAAACAAGGACAAACCCCACCCUCACCGCCGACGCCUCACCAGCUCCAACAGCGAGGGCUCUGAGGAAGAAAAGGAAGACGUGAAGAGGACAAGAAAAGAGAAGAGGCGGGAGUCUUCACGGGAGGACUCCAGGAGGCUUCUGCUGAAGCGGCGGAGAGACUCCACAGACGAAGAGGACAACACCGGGCAGGACGACUCUGACGAGUCAGAGGAGGAGCGCCCGGUCCGCAAGCGGCUCAAUCGAAUCGAGUCCGAGGAUGAAGAGGGGGAGGAGGAGAGUGGAGGUGGUGGCCGUCUGGCAUCCAAAAACAAUGGUUCGAGCCGGCACAACGGCCUGGCCUCGCAGAGGCCCUCCACUCAGGACGAAGAGGAUGACCUCUACGGGGUCACCGACAUUGUGCACUUCGUUUUCAACAGUGAACAGGCAUUGUGA